AUGAACCCAACUUCAUCAUGGGAGCAGGCUAAUAUUAGCCAUAUUGGCGUCGGAAAUGCCAGUUUGUUGAUUGCGAGUAUCCCUGAUACUCUUCUGCGAGCCGAAAUAGCACGGCGAACCUCAAACAACAGUGCUGCAACCUGUGGCUCAAAAGAACGAGGUGCUUAUAAUACUCCGAUUCAUGUCCUAGCACUUUUUCUUAUACUUGUGUUAAGCACACUUGCUUGUUCAUUUCCUGUACUUGCCCGCCGAUUCCCCCGCCUACCAAUACCGCGUCGGUUUCUUUUUUUAUCUAGGCAUUUUGGAACAGGAGUUUUGAUUGCCACUGCCUUUGUCCAUUUGCUGCCCACGGCAUUUAUUUCCUUGACUGAUCCCUGUCUUCCUCGCUUCUGGAGUGAAACAUACCGCGCCAUGGCUGGAUUUGUUGCCAUGAUUUCGGUCUUUGUUGUUGUGCUUGUGGAAAUGUUCUUCGCCCUAAAGGGGGCAGGUCAUGUUCACGGGAGUGAAUACGACAAGCUAAUGAAUGAUGUCGGUAUAGACUUGGCAAGUGGGGGUCUGCAUGAAGACUUAGAGGACGACCAAGAGCCCGGAAGUCAUGUUUAUCUUGGUAGGCUUGAGGCGUAUCAUAGCACAGACGCGGUACCACCAUCGUCAAGUUCUUAUAUCGGAAGCCCAACCAACGAGCCUACUCUGUCUAGCACUCUGGGGCUUACUGAGUUGAGUGAUGGUAUAGACUUUACCCGGUCACACCAUCAUGCUACUUCUCCUUUGGAUAGGAAGAGUGAUCAAAUGCAUCGGCGCUCAUCUUCUAGCGAACGACAAACUCACGCUGAUCUGCACCAAAGGACGAACAUGGAAUCAUCUAGACAUAAUCCGCAGCGACAGCUACUGCAAUGUCUGCUGCUGGAGGCGGGGAUUCUUUUUCAUAGCAUUUUUAUUGGGAUGGCUCUCAGUGUUGCCACAGGAACUUCAUUCAUUGUCCUCCUCGUCGCGAUUUGCUUUCAUCAGACGUUCGAGGGGUUUGCUCUGGGUUCAAGAAUUGCGUCACUGAUCCCAGACCUCUUUGCCCCGUCUUCCAUGAAACCAUGGCUGAUGUCUCUCGCGUACGGAACUACCACCCCUAUCGGACAAGCCAUCGGCCUCAUACUGCAUAAUUUCUAUGACCCAGCAAGCACUACGGGGCUACUUAUGGUUGGUAUCACGAAUGCCAUUAGCAGUGGUCUUCUAUUGUUCGCGGGUCUUGUUGAACUUCUGGCAGAAGACUUUUUAAGUGAAACCAGUUACGCAACACUUAGAGGAAGGAGGCGCAUCGAGGCCUGUAUUGCAGUGAUGGCUGGGGCUUUGUUGAUGGCGGUUGUUGGCGCUUUCGCUUAA